AUGCAACAACAACAACCGCAUGCUCCCUCUUUUGCCUCUUCUCAUCGGCAACAACAACCACUUCCAGUCACAGUUCUCAGCUUCAUUCCUCAAGAUCCUUUUGUUAUAUAUGCCUCUCCAGCACCACCAGUUGUCUCUUCUUCAAGGACUAUUCCUACUGAAGAAUUGAAAGAACUUCAACGACAACAACAUGCUCUUCCCAAAAGAACACGAGCAGCCAAAGGACGUGCCCGCAAUAGAGUACCCCCAGCAUGGACAUCCACUGCUGCACUUAUGGAUCCUAGUGACCAUGAGAAUGAAUUUGUAGAUGCCCUACCAACACCACCUCCACCUCCUCCAUUUACCCCUUAUCCUAUGACAGUCUCAUAUCCUGCACCUCCACCCCCUAACCCAUAUAGACCACCUCCGGUUCCCCCAGCCGUUACUACCUCUACCCCUGCAGCUACCACACCUCCUAAAUCCAUCCAUACCAUUAUGUCUCCCUCAGAAAAUACUCUAUCUGAGUUUCUCACAAACCUUACUAUCCCAGAACCCCUUCCUUCUUUCAUGAAUAAAGGACCCCAACCUGUUGCACCUCAUGUUUCUGAAAUGGAUGAUGACCCUGAAAUCCAAGAUCCAGAACCUCCUAGGCAGCCCCCAGUCUCACCUACACCCUUUACCCCAUAUCAAAACCAGGACCCAAAAUAA